CCAGGACCAAUUGGCUUCCAGUACGGGCGGGACGAACACAGAUAACGGACCUAAAAUCCCUACGUCUGUUGUAGUUGACGGACACGUCUGUUGAUAAUUAUGUGAAUUAUUAUAAGAAACGUUAUGGGUUUUGGUGUGUGCCAUACGGAGAGACGAACAUGCUCGCCACAUCUAGAAAUACACUGAACGUCUGUUUCCUCUUCUGAUCUGUCUCCAGUCAGUGAGAUGUCUCUGGCUCAGAGGGUUUUGUUGACCUGGGUCUUCACCCUGGUCUUCCUCAUCAUGCUAGUGCUCAAACUGGACGGGAAGGUGCAGUGGAACUGGUUCCUCAUCUUCCUCCCGGUCUGGGUCUUUGAUGGCAUCCUCAUCCUCAUGCUUGCCAUCAAGAUGGCAGGCCGUUGCAAGCCUGGGUAUGACCCACGCAACGGCUCCCCAGACCUGCGUCUGCGUGCCUGGUACCUGACGGCCAUGCUGCUCAAGCUUGGCUUCUGCCUGACGCUGUGCGCCAAGCUGGAGAAGCUGGUGGACGUAAAGCUGACGUUUGUGUGCAUACCACUGUGGACCAUGUUACUGGGGGCGCUGGUGGAGCUGGGGAUGAAUAUCUUCCCUGAAAGGAGAGAGGCCUAAGAGGGAUUAAACGGCUGGUUCAAACCUCAACAUGAAUCAUUGCACCAACAAAAAAAUCGAACAGUUGUUGAGAAUAGAUUUGUGCUUGUAUGACCGUGACUUUGUGAAAUUGGAGCUUUUGUUUUGGCCUGAUUAUGUUUCCAGAGAGUUCUGAGGCUCAAGAAGGAAUCAAAUAAUCAUCUCAGACAUUGGUAUUCAUCUAAAGAAUAAGAGACUUAGUGUAAAAAUAAAAAUCAUAGUGUGUUCAGACCUCAGUGGAGCAUGCUGUAAGGGCUUCAACAGGGCAGGGACUCUGCUGUCCGUGCAACGGAAGAGCUGCUAUUGAAUCUGUCCAAAUCCAUUCAUUUAAAAUUUUCAAAAUUAGCUGAAAAAAUGGCUCUAUUUUCUUUGCAAAAAAAAAACAAAUGCCAUAAGGGGAUCAACUGUAUAUGUAUAAGACUACUGUGAAGCCUUCACUGGAAGAAACAUGAACGUCAUUUAAUGUUUCCUUUUUUUUUGAACUCAAGAUGUUCAGUAUUGUUUUCUAGUAUUAAUUUCACUGUACAUAAGCUAGCACAGCUGCUCUUGUAAAGAACGCCACACAGGGAGGAAGUGAAUGGUACUUGGUGACUCCACUUCUGCAUAACAUUACCUAUCACUCUUGGUACCGAAUCAGUAAAUGUUGUUACAUAUGCUUUAGAUAUUGUGUGGCUGUAUUUACGCUCAAACACUUUUGUCUUUUCAUUCCUGAGUUGUGGAGAGUAGCUGGCCAAAUAUUAUUUCACAAGUUAUAAAUUAACUUUAGAGGUGUUCAUGACAACAGCUCAGUUUGGCUGCAAGAACAUGAGGAGACGAUAACUUUUAUUUAAGAAAUUGUUCAGGACAUAAAAGCAUCUUGGGGCCAAGUUGUGAUAUUCUUUUUCCCACAGGCUACCCCCUCUGCUCUGUACAAGCUCUCUUUUGUACCAUAUAAAUCAUCAUGUGCCCCAUGAAAAUCAGUAAGCUGUUAUUCCGUACAAGGUCGCUAGGAAAAAAAACCUUGACAUGUAUCUUACUUGGUGACCAAAGUGAUUAACAUUCAGAUAAAUAUGAAAAAUCUAUAUCAAGUUUAACUAUUAUGUUGUAAACGUGUCGAACUGCCACACAGAGCUCAUCAGACUACCAGUAGUUUCUAGUGUUGUUGUGUCAAAUUGAUCAUUGUUUCAUAUUCCAACUUUAUGGUACAGCUGACACUGACAUUUGUUUUGUGCCAUUUGAUUGUUUAUUAAUAUUUCAAAUACAUUCUUUGCAUUAUUUUGCACUAUGUUGAAAUGAAAAGGAAGGUGCUUUGAGAUCGAACGUGUUGUAAUGCAUGUCGUGUAAAAAAUAAAUGGUUUCUGUACGUUAAA